UAACAGUACACACAUGGAUCCUGCGCGGCCUGGAUCCGUUUGUCCGUCCGUCCGUCGUUUCUCUAGAUCCGGCCCCGACCAUCUUUCAAACCCCAUCCUCUCUCGCCUCUUGCCUGGCUGCCACCCCUCUGUGUGUGUCUCUCUCUCCGAUCAGUGGUGGUGGUGGUGGCGGCGGUGGCCUAGCUGAGCUCCUUCCGUCCCCACCCUCCAGAGCUAGCGCCGCAGUACGUAGGCCAGAAAAGAAGGCCUCUCUCUCUCUCCAUCGUAUCAUUACCGCCCGAAACGGCAACCCCGCUCCAACCACCAUGUGCUCGUCUGCAGCUCACUCCACCACCAUUUAAUCCUCCGCUUCCCUCGCACUAGCAGCCGCUCCAUCAUUCCUUCCUUCCACACAGCUUUGCAGCGGCAGCUGGCUGUUCAGAUCGUCGAUCGGCCGGCCGUCCAACAGGUAGUGCAAGAAGGCAAUGGCGGCGGCCGCGCCGAGACCAAAGUCGCCGCCGGCCUCGCCCGACCCCUCCGGCCGCCAUCGCCUGCAGCUCGCCGUCGACGCGCUCCACCGGGAGAUCCGCUUCCUCGAGGGUGAAAUAAGUUCCACUGAAGGGGUCCACGCUGCCUCCAGAUGCUGCAAAGAGGUCGAUGAGUUUGUAGUAGGAAGAAAUCCCGAUCCAUUCAUAACGAUUCGGCCAGAGAAAGGACGUAAGGAUCAAUCUCAACAGUUUUUGAAGAAGCUCCGAGUAAAGACCUGCCUGAGCUACCUCUCGUGGAUCUGCUGCUGCGGCGGCUGCUCGCCGUUCCAGCUCAAGAGGCCGCCGACGAGCUGCUCCUGCGCCGCGCAGCUGAGGAGGCUGUGCUGCUCCUGCUGCUGUUGCAGCUGCUGCCGGUGCCGCGUCGUCUACGCGGGCUGCUGCGCGCCGUGCCCGCGCUGCUCGUGCGACUGCACUUGCACGUGCCCCAGGUGCAGCGACGCGUGCUGCGCCCCUCGGUGCUGUCUAUGUUUAUGAUGAGGACAAAUUUUGCAUGCGUGCUAUACCUAUGUGUGCUACCUGUUGAUGGUUUUUUUUCUCCAUUGGGUUAGCUUGCGGUGUGGUUUUAGUGCCAAGAGUAGUUGCUGACUCUGACUCCGACUGAUCUUGCG